UCAGGAGGGCAUCCACCUUUCUUUGUUUCAGAACUGGUUUCAGGACGGGCUUAAGAAUCUACCCUACCACUUCGUUGGGUUGAGUUCUCUUAUAAAUUUCAGUUUAAGAUGUUCGCUCAAUUAUUUAAGUCUUGUUUUUCAACCGCUUCCGAUCCUGAAAUGGAUUUAGAUUGUCAUGAAAAGUGUGUAAUCGCCGCAAAGCGUGUAAUUUGUGAAGAGUCGCGUGAAGAGUCACCGGUACCGAGAAAAAAAAACGGUGUGAAUUGUUUGAUGUCGUUCCGUCGGUCAUCUCUCCAGCGGUGCCGGAAGUGAGUGGGAGAGAGAAGAGAGCGUCGUCAGAAGACAGUAUCAUAUAUGUGGGGUGUGAAACACUAACCCCAAAAACUAUAGAAAGGGAGCGCUUAAUUUUAAAAGUUAAGAAAAAUAAAGUGGUGGUGACUCCCCAAACUAUUACUGUAGCGGCGGAGGUGCACGCUCCCCCAAGCACUUCAAGUGACUACGUACCUGUUAUCGAGGAUAUCUCCGAGCCCGAAGACGGUACACCUGUGCUAACUUACUCCAAACCCUCUGUCGAGGAUGAAAUAUUAAAUAUCGCUGAUUAUAAAUGGGAAGAAAUUGAGAAACCCAUGACAGAGGUAAAAGUUUUAGAAAAAAAAAUAAUCUCGGAGUCACAGCCGUCACUCAAUACUGUAGUGGCGGAUGUUCUACAAAUCACAAAUAGCGAUGAAGCCCACCACAUCGCGUUUUGUGACGAUUUCAAAGGAGGGUUAGUGGCGGCUCUAGAACGCCAUCGGGACCGCCUCAAGAAUAGGUUGGACGAAAAUACCAAGGAUAGCGAUUUACUUGAGGAAGCUGUCCAGAAUAUAUUUUCGUAUGCUAAGAAAAUGAUGGAGGCAUUUCAUUUGGAAAAAACUCGCCUAAUCGUUGAUCUUAACAACACAAAAACUCUCCUAGCGAAUGCUGUAAAAUCAGAUUCUCGAGACUUAUUCAGCAAAAAUGCCGCUGGUGAUAUCCGGAGAUGCGGAAUGACGGAUGAGGGUGCAUAAAGCGGUAUAUAUUGUAUUCUACCCCGUAGGCGGCCCCCUGCAACCCUGUAUAGUUAGUAUGCAUGAUUUUUAAAAGUGUAUAUAUUGAAUCAUAGUUUGUAUUUAUGUUUAUUUUUAGUUAG